AUGGAGAAUUUAGCUCAUAUUAACCAGUGUAGGAAUUGUUAUGCCUUCGACCAUACGAAGCACUCCUGCUACGGCACGAAAAAGGAUCCAACCAAAAUCACGGUCACAGCUACGGGAGCUACCAUCACGAAACAGCAAGCCAUCAGAAAGCGAGUCCUGCUGGACCGCCAGGUCAAGGCCAAGGAAAGAUCAGAAGCUGCGCGGGUCAGGAAGGAGACUACCUUCGUGCAAGCUCUGAGAAGCAACAAGGAGUUCCCGCAGCUGGGGGCCUCGAGCACUUCGAUCACCACCGAUGAAGAGCUCGGCCCUGCGCCCCCCUCACCACCAAGGCAGAGCACUGACUACGUCCACCGACCAGCCGAACAUGGACAUCCUGCUGGCCAUCCUCCAGCGCAUGGACUCUGUGACUCCGCCAACCUGGAACUGAGAAAUCAGCACCAGGAGGCCCUGGGCAGAAGCGCUGUGGAAUUGCUGCCAGUUGAAAUCAACACAGACGAAGAGUGCGAGAGAUACAUCGAGCGACUGGAGGAUAUUAUCACCGAGACGCUCGAUGAACUUGCUCCCCUUCAUACAACGAACAGAAGAGAACUGCUUCCAGACAACAUUAAUGCUCUACUGGAUGCAAGAAGAGCAAUGAGAAAACUGAAGCAUCGUGCGAGACUGGGCCCACUGAUCGUCUAUGAGGCGGCCAGAACAUUAUACAACAAGGCCAAACACGAUGCCGCUAAGGCUUUAGCCGAGUAUAAAGAGAAAGACUGGAUCUCCAAACUAGAUGAGCCCAAUGAGAAUCGAGCCUAG